AUGAACACAACCAAGAACCAGGUGCUACCUGAUGACUAUCGCCCACGGCACUACGACAUUGAGAUUGUGCAUCAGAACGACGAGUGCUUUUCCGGCGUGGUGGACAUCACUCUCGAGAAGGUGCGCGAGACGAACACCAUUUCAUUGCACGUGCGCGAUAUUGAAGUACAGCGCGCAGAGGUGAGGGGAACCAACGGCGAGGUCAUUGUUGCGGAUGAGCAGACCUAUAGCCCUGAGGACGAUGUGCUAACGCUGCGGUUUCCGCGUGCGGUGUCAGACUGCGUAUUACACAUCGAAUACGUGGGCAAGGUGCAGACCAACAUGUCGGGCUUCUAUCGUUCCGGCUAUACGGAUAUGGCCACCGGGGAGCGCAAGCAGAUGUAUUCGACGCAGUUUGAGGCUACUGAGGCGCGCCGUGCGUUCCCGUGCUUUGACGAACCCGAGCUAAAGGCAACGUUCGCUGUGACAGUGGUAGCAGAGCAGGGAUUUACAGUGCUUUCAAACAUGCCUGAGCGCGAAUCCUGUGUGCGCCAAAAUGGCCGGCUGGCGCAUUCUUUCCAUACCACUCCGCGUAUGUCCACUUAUUUGGUAGCUUGGGCGAUCGGGGACUUCGACUUCAUUGAGUCCGCUACUGAGAAAGCCAUCUACCCAUCCAUUGAGGGCUAUGACAUUAUGAACGGCGUAUCCUCAAGCUCUGGUAAAUUGACUAUCCGUGUAUACACCGCGAAAGGCAAAGCACACCAGGCACAGUUUGCCCUGUCUGUGGCGUCGAAGGUGGUGGACUACUUCUCGGAGUUAUUCGAGACCCCCUACCCAUUGCCUAAGCUUGAUUUGCUCUGUGUCGAGGAGUAUUCUCACAACGCAAUGGAAAACUUCUCUCUCAUUACGUUUAGACCGUCCGCGUUGCUGUUGGCCGGCGAGGUUGCCGAGAGUGACCCGCGCUCGCUUCAAAAGAUCGCUUAUGUGGUGUCCCAUGAAAUCGCCCACCAAUGGUUCGGCAAUCUCGUAACAAUGAAGUGGUGGGAUGAGCUUUGGCUAAAUGAGGGCUUUGCAACCUGGGUUGGGUACCAUGCGACCAAUAAAUUCUUUCCACAUUGGGACGUUCCGUCGCUUGUCAUGACAGACGCGCAUGAGGUGGCCUUGGCGAUGGACUCGCUAAAGGAAUCACAUCCGAUUAAGGUUGCAGUCCGCAAUGCGAAGGACAUAGACCAGAUCUUUGAUGCUAUUUCGUACCUUAAGGGCUGUUCCGUGCUGGAGAUGAUCUCCGGCUAUAUAGGGGAGACCGUCUUCCUGAAGGGUGUUGCCUUAUAUAUAAAGCGGAAUAAGUUUGGCAAUGCUACCAUGGAGGACCUGUUUGGGGCCAUUAGUGAGGUAGCAGGCCUUGAUCUCAUGGCGAAGGCAAAAGAUUGGAUUCUAAAGAUCGGGUACCCGGUUCUGGACAUCACUGUUGUUGAUGGGAAGAUUUCACUGUCACAGAGACGGUACCUUUCGAGCGGACAAGCUGACGCCAAUGACGACCUAACCACCUGGUGGAUUCCCCUGGAACUGACACAGGACUCAACUUGCACUACAACAGAAAUGGUUUCUAAAUCCCAAGAAACAGAGAUCUCAGCUACCGAUUUUGUGUUCUUUAACAACGAUGCCCACGGCUUCUUCCGGGUGCAUUAUGAGGAUGAGACUAUUCUGGCUAACAUCUGCAAGAACAUAGCGCAGCUGUCCUCACGCAGUAAAAUUGCGUUAAUUUCGGAUGUUGAUGCCACUGGUACCUUCACGCAACUCAUGGCUGUUCUGUCUGCAUUCUCUGCAACGCAUUCGCAAGACUACUAUGUAUGGAACUCUGCAUUGUCCAUUUUCCACUCGGCCUGCUCAAUCAUAUAUCGCGAUGCGUCGCCAGAGAUCCGCAAGAAGCUUGCGGCGUACAAUCUGCAGCUGAUUGAGGCGCAUAUAGAACCCGCCCUUCUUGCACUUGGCCGCGACCUGAAACCCAGUGACCAACCUGACGUCCUGAAAGGCCGUUUCUAUGAAGCCAUACUGCUUGAUGCAGGGCAGUUGGGCCAUCCGGCUGUGGUAUCUGCAUGUUACCGCCUGUAUGCUGAGAAGGCUGUUACUCCGCGCACACGCGAACUAGUGUUGGGCACGAUUCUGUCGCAGCCUGAUACCACUUGCACGCUCUACCUGCAGGUUGUUGCCGAGCUACAAGAUGCCAGUCUGACGCACAUGGAGAGUAUAUUAAAGUCCCUAGGUGGCGUGCGGAACCCGCAGCUCUUUGAAGGUGUCCUAGAUUUGACAUUUCGCGUGGUUGACCCCAUGAACGUCGAGUUCCUCGCUACUGCGCUCGGCAAGAACCCCUACAUCAGAGAUAGCCUAUGGGGGUACUUCCAGAAGAACUACGAGCCAAUAUACAAACGUCUAUCCGUUUCAUCCACUGUCAUUGAUCGCGCAAUUAGGUAUGCAUUCAGAGAUCUAACCGGAGAUGACAUGAUUAUACAGUUUGCGACGUUAUUUGAUGGAAAGAGCCAGGAUGGCUUCGACAGAGGUGUCAGGCAGACGUUGGAGAAGAUCCGCAGGAACACGAAGUAUGUUAAGAGCACCAUGCCGCUGCUUGAAAAGGCCUUCCAGGACUGA